AUGGGGAAAAUUUAUUGUGAGAAUUGUCGUCGCAAAUGCCGUGGCGACGUACUACGAGUGGCCGAUAAAUAUUUUCAUAAGGACUGCUUUAAAUGCACAAAAUGUAAUAAAAGCCUCGAACAUGGUGGAUUUUUCAUGAAAGACGGAGGAUUUUACUGUCAAGAUGACUAUCAACGUUAUUUUGUUGCGAAGUGUAAAAUUUGCUCAGAAGAACUCACUGGAGAAGUUGUUACUGCACUCAACUUUUCAUUUCACCGAGGAUGCUUUAAGUGUAAUAAAUGCUCUGUGGCAUUUUGUCCUGGUGAUCGCGUUACUGUCUGGCAGGAGAAAUUUUACUGUCCACGUUGUAUUGAUGAAGUUUGCUUUUCUUCAAGUAUUGGUAGUGAUCUUAAAAAGAGCAGUUUCCAGUCGCCUUUAUCUGUCACAGAUGAUGAAGGAUGUGUCAGUGCUAGUGAUAUGGCAUCUCCACAAUACAUUCACGAACAAGCCUCUGAAUCAAAACAAUCACAGAAUAAUUAUUCUUGCAUCUCCUCAGCUGGACUUCCUCAAAAAUCAAGAUCUAUUUUGCGAAAACCUGCUGUUGUAGAGAAAAAUGGUCUUCGCGCCUCCAAGGAAAGGGGAUAUAUGAGCACAGAUUCAGGGUUAGGAGAACGUUUGUGUGAUUCAAACAAUUUAGAUGAAUCGAAAUCAAGGCAUUUUUCUAAUGGUUAUUCUGAUCAGGAGAAAAUUGAUGCCAACAAAGAGAAGUUGAACACUCUAUCCUUUCAUUUGUCUAGACAAAGUUCAUGUGGACGAAUUCCUACCUCUAAUUAUGGUCGAUAUUUAAAUCAAUCAUAUAUACAUUUAACUAAUCAAGUUCCUGUACCUAAUAAUGAUAGAUAUAAACGUAAUAUUUCAUCUACAGCGCUAAAUAAUUAUUCACAACCAAGACAAUUUCAUUUACCUGAAGGUGGUAAAAGUCGUUAUCUACCACCUGGUACAAAAUUGCAUACAACAUUAUUUGGUCGUUCUAUGAGUGGUGUCCUACCAUCCUACAAUAUAACAAGUACACCACGUUCAAAUAAUCUCAAUGCUAAUAAUAAUGCUAAUAAUAACAGUGUAAUUAUUACAUCACGAUCAUUAAAUAAGCCAAUCGCUUCUUCUGCUAUUAAUUUAAGUGAUAAUAAUCAUAAAACACAAAGUGAUAAAUCAACCACCACAGGAACAAUGGUUACACCACAAUCGAAAAAGACAAGGAUUUUAUCUAGUACAACGGUUAAUGGACAAAUGAAAGCACCAGCAGCAGCAACAACAACAACAGGAGCUGGUAAUACACGAAAUUCACACAUAGACGAUAUAAGCUGUUCUGGUCCCAUCUCAUUAAAUGAUCAUGAUAUAACAUUAGAAACACGUAAAUUGGCUUGUUUACCAGCUGGACAAGAAAGAGAUAAAAGUUUGCCAGCACCAAUUGAACGUUAUGAUUGGCCAGCACCACCUGCAUCUGGUGUUGUAUUAGCUGAAUUAAUGCGUGAACGACGUCAACGACGUAAAGAACAAGCACAUCUGAGUGGUACACAAUAUUCUGGUGAUGGUGAUGAUUUAGAGAGUCAAGAAGCUCUAAGUAUUGAUUAUUCAUUCGAUGGAAUACCAGAGACAACAGUUGACCAUUCUACUGGACAUAUUGGCAUUGGACAAGCUAUAAUUCGUGAAGAAGCUGAAAGUAAGCGUAGAUCACGUUCACAAACCUACUUGGAUCCAGUAUCAGCUUCUAGAACUCCGAGUGCAGCUGUUGAACCGUCUUUCAAACCACGUUUUGCUACUCAUCAGUUUGCAUUAUUAAAUCGUGAUGGAAGUCUAACUCAAGGAACGACAAUGCCAACAGGAAACAGUACUACUUCUCAGUAUACUAGCAACUCACGACUCAAUACACCAGCAACAAUGACGGCAACUUCUCCACCCGUUGUCAAUACUCAUGUUAUUUAUGUUCAAUGUUCAUUGAAUAUUUUGUUUUUUGUUUUAAUGUAA